AGAAAUUGUAAUACAUAUAUAUAUACAUUGCAGUAAUAUUUUCUACUUGGGUAAUGUACAAUCAUGUUUCUUUGAUAAUACAAUAUAAGACCAGUAGGGCAUACAUUUUUUCCUAAUGUAGUACUCUUUUAACAUAACGAAAUUGGAUUAUUUGCAGUAUUAUUUUUGUAUAUAUAAACAGGUCUUCAAGUUCAUGCAUAACUACAAAUAAUUUUAUUUUUUAUUCCAAUAGGACAACCUCAUCCGAAGUUAUGUCCGAAGGUCUCGCCUCCCAGCCUAGUACAUCUACUGCGACUCCACGAUCCCUUUCAAGGACAACCUCAUCCGAAGUUAUGUCCGAAGGUCUCGCCUCCCAGCCUAGUACAUCUACUGCGACCCCACGAUCCCUUUCAAGGACAACCUCAUCCGAAGUUAUGUCCGAAGGUCUCGCCUCCCAGCCUAGUACAUCUACUGCGACCCCACGAUCCCUUUCAAGCAAUACAGAAAUCAACACUGCUCUUCUGAGGACUCCUGCUGCUAAGCGAGCAUUGAGUUUCAACUCACAAAACAAGAAAUGUCGGUUAGCAGAGGAUAGGAUGGUUGAAUUGGCAGAGGAGGAGCAUGCCGUAAGGCUGGACAUUUUAUGGAAAGAACACAAUUUAAAAAUAAAAGAGCAUGAACUGCGUAUGGAGAUUAUCAAAAUAGAGAAACAGGUUGCUGAAGCCAAAAUGCUUGAAGAACAGGGUAAUACAUCUCAUCUAACUAAUUAAUCAAAAAUAAUUUAAGCUGUUCUGUUAAACAUGUUUAAUUCUACAUUUAAGAUAUAUCGUUCACAUAUUGAUUUUAAGCGUGAUUCAAAUAUUUCUUGCACUUCAAAUGUAAUUGCUAAUGUAAAUAUAAAGUAUAUAUAAACAUGUCUUCAAAUGAACAGCUGCAAAGUAGGAUCUGUUUGACUCUGCAAAGGUUUUCUGUUCAACAUAGUGCUACAUUGAUCACAAACUGAUUUAACAUGUGAUUUUCAAAUGUUUCUUGCACAUAAAUGCCAUUGCCAAUGUAAAUAUAAAGUAUAUAUAAACAUGUCUUCAAAUGAACAGCUGCAAAGUAGGAUCUGUUCGACUCUGCAAAGGUUUUCUGUUCAACAUAGUGCUACAUUGAUCACAAACUGAUUUAACAUGUGAUUUUCA